UCAGUGGUGACCCCUUAAGGUUUACAGACUGGAAGAUUUCAUUCAUAACUCUUAUUGAAAGAAAACCUCUCCCAGCAAAUGAGAAGAUGUUUUAUUUAAAACAUUAUCUAGCUGGAGAAGCACGCAAGGCUGUAGAAGGCUUCUUUUAUCGAGACUCAGAGGACGCAUACAAGGCAGCAUGGCAAGUUUUACAAGACAGGUAUGGGAACCCGUUCAUCAUCCAGAGGGCUUUCAGAGAUAAGCUUGCAAGAUGGCCAAAGAUAGGUGCAAAUGAUCCACUAGCACUACGAGAGUUCGCUGACUUUCUUCAAGGCUGCACUGAGGCAAUCUCUCACAUUAAAGGACUAGCUAUCCUUAAUGAUUGUGAGGAAAACCACAAGUUGCUCAAGAAAUUGCCAGAAUGGAUUGUGCGAAAGUGGAGUCCAAUUGUUGUAGAUGCACUUGAUACAUCUGGAAGUUACCCAGAUCUUGCAUGCUUCACAAAGUUCCUGAAUAGAGAGGCACGAAUAGCCUGCAACCCUAUUGCCUCUCCAUUCUCAAUGGAUUUCAAGCAUACAGAUGAGAGGUCAUCAAAGAGAGCCAAAGCUCUCAACACAAACGCUAAGAGUUCUACUCCAGAGAAACAAGACACAAAUUACAGCAAAGUAAAAGUACCCUGCUGUGUUUGUAAAAAUGAAACCCAUGGUAUCGCAAAGUGCCCCACCUUUACUGCAAAAAGUAUUGAAGAUAAAAAGGCAUUUAUUCUCGAAACGAGGCUGUGCUUUGGGUGCUUAAGAAAGGGUCAUAUUACCAAGGACUGCAAAAGGCGACACACAUGUAACAUUUGUAGCCGUCGUCAUCCAACCUGCUUACACGAAGAGAGGAAGCAAAGACCCUUAGAAGUAAAAACAAAUGGCUCCACAUCCACAGAAGAACGCACCAGCCUGGAUACUCACAGUGUCGUGUCCCACACAUCAACACAUCGUGUGUCUGCUACCUCAGCUAUUGUUCCUGUCUUCGUGUCCUCAGUGCAUGAGCCGGAGAGAGAAGUACUCACCUAUGCACUACUGGAUACCCAGAGUGAUUCAACGUUCGUCUUAGAAGAUGUACUUGAUAAACUGAAUGUAGAUGCCCGACCAGUAAAGCUGAAACUUAGUACUAUGACAGCUAUCGACACAAUCAUAUCAAGCAAGAAUGUCCAUGGUCUACAGGUUCGAGGAUUCCAUUCCAUGGACUACAUCCAACUGCAGCAGACCUACAGCCGCGACUUUAUCCCGGUGGACAAGUCGUACAUCCCAACAAAGAAAACAGCACUACUGUGGCCUCACCUCAGGCACCUGGCAGACAAAUUGCCACCCGUCCAGGACUGUGAUGUAGGGCUUUUAAUCGGAUAUGACUGUCCACCAGCAUUAGCGCCCCUUGAAGUUGUGUUAGGUGGCAAAAAUGAACCAUUUGCACAGCGAUCAGAACUAGGAUGGACCAUAAUAGGCACAUCAAAUCCUCACCUAGACCGACAAGGAAAUCAAAGCUUUGUGCAUCGUCUCAAGGUAAGGGACCUGCCAAUCCCAUCUGCAACGGAUGUUCUGAAAGCCUUGGAAUCAGACUUCAAUGAGAGAACUUAUGAAAAUAAGUAUGUGUCCCAGGAUGACGUUCAUUUCAUACAGUUCCUCAAUGAACACAUCAAGCAGAAGGAGGAUGGGCAUUAUGAGAUGCCCCUCCCUUUCAAGGGGAACAGUCCACCCGCUCUACCAAACAACAAGAGGUUAGCCACAGUUCGCCUUCAGUGUCUUAAGAAGAAGCUAAAGGCCAACAAACAAUAUUACGAUGAAUACAAAGCAUUCAUGGAGGAAAUAAUCAACAAGGGUGAGGCAGAGCUUGCCCCUACAGCAUCUGAGGAGAAGACAGAGUGGUACCUUCCACAUCACGGAAUAUAUCAUCCCAGAAAACCAGGUAAACUGAGAGUUGUAUUUGACUGUUCAGCCAAAUUCCAGGGUGUUUCUCUAAACGAUACUCUACUAACUGGACCUGAUCUGAUCAAUUCCCUGGUAGGAGUGCUAUGCCGCUUCAGGAAGGAGGCUAUAGCAGUUAUCUGUGACAUUGAAAAAAUGUUUUAUCAGUUCUCUGUCACUCCUGAAUCCAGGAACUAUCUGAAAUUCCUCUGGUGGAAGGAUGGAGAUUUGGAGAAGGAGCCACAGGAGUACAGGAUGGCAGUUCAUCUUUUCGGGGCUGCCUCAUCUCCAGGAUGUGCCAAUUUUGGCUUAAAACAUCUGGCACGACAACACCAUGCUAGCUAUCCAGUGGCAUCAACAUUUAUGGAGAAGAACUUCUAUGUUGAUGACGGGUUAGUCAGCGUUUCAUCAGUUGAGGAAGCUGUGAAACUGAUCACUGAGUCCCAAGAGCUGUGCAAAAGAGGAGGCCUACGCCUCCACAAGUUCAACUCGAACAUGGAAACAGUACUCACCUGCAUUGAACCCUCAGAAAGAGCAGCAACCACUGAACCUCUAGAGCUGAACCCCACCCCAUCAGAGCGUACACUCGGCAUUCAGUGGUCGACAAAGGGUGACACAUUCAGCUUUAACAUCAGCCUGAAAGAUCAGCCAGCAACCCGUCGUGGUUCACUGUCAGUCAUUGCCUCUCUUUAUGAUCCACUUGGAUUCAUUGCUCCAUUUAGCCUAAGUGGAAAGCGUGUCCUUCAAGAGCUGUGUCACAGAGGCAUCGGAUGGGAUGAUCCCCUCCCAAAAGAUGUGAAGCCACGGUGGGAGGAGUGGAUAAAGGGUCUUAACACAUUGAAAGAGGUCUCAAUUUCGAGAUGUUAUCACCCACAGAACUUCCAUAACAUUGUUAGGAUAGAGCUGCAUCAUUUUUCAGAUGCCAGCUGUGUGGGAUAUGGUGCAUGCUCUUACCUCAGGUACAUAAAUGACAACAAUGAGGUUCAUUGCAGUCUUGUAAUGGCAAAGGCACGGGUUGCACCCAUGAAGAUCAUGAGUAUCCCAAGACUGGAACUCUCAGCAGCAGUUGUUUCUACAAAAAUCAGUGUGAUGCUGAGAAGCGAACUUGAUAUGAAGAUCGACGAAGAGUUUUACUGGACAGAUUCGCAAGUUGUAUUAGGCUAUAUCAACAACGAUGCUCGCAGGUUCCACACAUUUGUUGCAAAUCGAGUACAACUGAUUCGAGAUAACAGUGACCCCAGUCAGUGGCAUUAUGUGGACACCUCAGAAAACCCAGCUGACCACGCAUCCCGAGGUCUUAGUGCAGCGGGCAUUCAAUCAACAAAUUGGCUUCAAGGACCCAAAUUUCUCUGGGAGCAAGAAUUGCAUCUCUCACCCAGCGUUCAAACAGAAGUACUGGUUGGUGAUCCUGAAGUUAAGUCAAUCCAGGUGCUAGUAACUGAAACACUUAAUUGCAGUGACAUCCUCAAACGUCUGAGUCACUUUUCAUCUUGGACACCACUUAUCAAAGUGGUUGCAAGAAUUAAGAGGUUGGGUUCUAGACAGAAACAGCAUAGUGAACAUGUGGCUGUUGAAGAGCGUGAGAAGGCUGCGGAGGAAGUGGUGAAGCUUGUUCAGCGGCAAGCCUUCCCCCAUGAAUGGAAAAUGCUUCAGAGUGGCAGGGACCUCCCAAAAUCAAGUUCUCUUUUCAGUCUCAACCCUAUUUUGUAUGAAGGGCUUCUCUGUGUUGGUGGGAGAUUGAAACAGUCAUCUCUCUGUCACAAGGUGAAACAUCCAGUCAUCCUUCCUAAUGACAGCCACAUCACUAAGUUGAUCGUAUCCCACUACCAUGCUAAGACAUGUCAUCAGGGUCGAUGUCAAACCCAAAUGGAGCUUAGGACCAAUGGAUUCUGGGUCAUUGGAGGGAGCAAGCUGGUUGCUAAGUUGAUACACACCUGUGUGCUAUGCAGAAAACUUAGACGACCGACGGAGAAACAGCAAAUGGCAGAACUCCCUAAAGAACGUGUGGAAGCUACUGCACCCUUCACGUAUAGUGGCAUGGACUGUUUUGGUCCAUUUAUUGUAAAGAAAGCUCGCAAAGAAUACAAAAGAUAUGGCCUGAUUUUCACAUGUCUAUGUUCCAGAGCUGUCCACAUUGAAAUGCUUGAAGAUUUGUCAACAGACUCAUUUAUCAAUGCCCUGCGAUGCUUUAUAAGCAUCAGAGGAGCUGUUCGACAACUGCAUUGUGACCAGGGGUCUAAUUUCGUUGGAGCGCGAAAUGAGUUUAAGGAAACGCUUAAACAAUGUGACUCCAAGCUACUAGAAAUCUUCUUGACUGAGAAACAAUGUGAAUUUGUUUUCAACGCCCCCUCCGCUAGUCAUGCAGGUGGUGUUUGGGAACGUCAGAUCAGAACUGUGAAAAACGUGCUGAAUGCCACCCUUGCGCAAUGCACAGGCCGAAUUGAUGAUGCUUCCCUAAGAACACUGUUUUAUGAAGCCAUGGCUAUCGUUAAUAGCCGCCCAUUGACAGUGGAUGGAAUCAAUGAUCCUCAGAUGCCAGAGCCUAUAACACCUAAUCAUCUCAUUAUGAUGAAAUCUAAAGUUCCUCUUCCUCCGCCAGGAGUAUUUGUGAAGGAGGAUCUGUAUGCAACCAAGAGGUGGAGACGAGUUCAGUAUCUGAUAGAACAGUUCUGGAGUCGUUGGAAAAGAGAGUAUCUGCUCAAUAUAUCCACAAGACAGAAAUGGCAUAUACCCCAACGCAACCUCAAAGUGAAUGAUAUCGUUAUUAUCAAAGAUGACAACCUCCCGAGAAACCAGUGGCAACUAGGUCGAGUGGUGGAGGCUGCUCAAGGCAGUGACGGCCUAGUUCGUCGAGUCAAAGUGCAAGUUGGGGAACGAAAAUCUCAAGAAAAACAAAAUGCCCCCAUUAAACCUUCAGUUAUUGAGCGACCAGUUCAAAAAUUGGUACUUCUCUUAGAGAGCUGAUUUCAACAAACUGAGUGGCAAUUUGUGAGUACGCUGCUGUAUUGUGUAUGAUCUAUACCUAUGCACAUUUAAUAGCACUGCUUGAAGUUAUUCGUUUAGUAGGUUCAAGAAAUCCUGUGUAAAUUCAUUUACUCCUGUAUUAGUUCAUUCAUUACAACAGGAUUUGGUGGGAGUGUAAAUGCCUACUAAAUGUGAUGAACAUUCUCCUUUUAUAGUGAGUGUUUAUGGGUGGCUCCGGGUGUGCUCGCAACUUUCAGUUUGUUCUUGCCGUGUUGCGCUUUUAUUUUGAAAGGUUAUGUUUACGGUUGCCAUGCCAACACUCUGCGGCCGUCUGGUUUGGCUCUACGUGUAGAUAACGUUGUGAGGUGGAAGACGAAGAAAGCCAAGUGUGCAGAGCUCGCUAGCGGAGAGGUCCGGGUCUAAAACUUGAUUAGCGCCCUUGGAGAGCGGAAUGAGUUUUCACGGUGUCAAGAUGGCAAAGUGUCACAGUACCACUGUCUGGUGCUUACCAAAGGAAGAGAAAUAAACGACACCCGUUUGAAACUCUACGUGUUUGGUUUAUACCAUCCAAGGGGCCGCUACAG